AUGCAUCCCGAAGCGCUUCCCCCGUACCGCCACAUAUCCAAUAAACCUAUCUCCCUCUCCGCCGCAUCCGCUCUGCUAGACACAUAUAUCACCAACAGCGAAACGCACCCGCAUCUGCACCCGGACGCGCUCAUUACCCCCAGUGGCGUGACAUUCAGUUCCCAUGGCGGUCCCUUGGGCGGCGUUAUCAUGCACAACCUGCGCCGCGUAGCUGCAGGUCUGCGUGGAGAGUACCUUGAGCCAGAAGCAACACCAGAGCCCGAAGAGCAGGGCGUAGCUUUUGAGAGCAAGAAGAAGCAAGGAAACAAGCAGGGCCCCAAUGAUGCAAGCGGCACGGAAGAAGGCUGGCAGGAUCUGUCUGAAUAUGAGCGAGAAGAGGGUGAAGAUGCGGAGGUCGGCGAAAAACGGAAGGCGAAGGAGGAUAAAGAGGCGAGGAAGAAGGCGAAGAAGGCUAGGGACAAGGAGUUCAAGAAGCAAAAGGAGAUGCGGAAGAAAGAAAAGAAGGAAGAGUAG